CCGUCGAGCCCAGCGCACGUGCGUGGCGCCGCUAUGCCAACACGCGAGUCAUAACUGAAAAAUAAUUAUACUUAGCAAAUUAAAAACUCGUACUUCAAGUGUUCAGACAACAUUUGCAGCAAAAAUCUGUGUUGAAACUUGUGUUUGUUUGAAAUAUGUGUGUAGAUUAAAAGUUGAAUUUAGUGUAGUUUGUUGAGAUUGUUGAGUUGUUGUGAAAUUGAUUAGAAAUGAUCGAGGUGAAGAGGAUUUAUCAUCUCAUCUUUCGGUUGCUGUUUUUACUUGACGGUGGAGUAUGGUCUCUCCGCAACGUGUCCAUCUCUGUCCCGCGCGGGGUGCUGUCGGGCGAGGGCGCGGCGGUGUCUCUCCGCUGCGACUACGACCUGGAGGGCGCGGCGCUGUACUCCAUCCGCUGGUACCGCGGCGACACGGAGUUCUACCGCUACGUGCCGCGCGAGAUGCCGCCCACCAUGGUGUUCCCGCUGCCGGCUGCGGCUUCUGUUGAUCUAUCAGCAUCAGACGCGUCGUCAGUCCGCGUGGUGGGGCUGCACCGGCGGCUGUCCGGCGUGUUCGCGUGCGAGGUGUCCGCCGACGCGCCGCUCUUCCACACCGACAUCCGCGCCGCGCCGCUUACUAUCGUCGAUCCUCCGUUCCGCGCGCCGCGUCUGUGGGUGUCCCGCGCGAGCUACGUGCGCGGCGGAGUGAUCACCGCCAACUGCUCCGUGGACGGCGCCUUCCCGCCCGCCAACCUGACGUGGACCAUCGACGGACACAAGAUAGCGGAGCACGUGUCGCCCGCGCCGGCGUCCGAGCUGGACUUUUCGGAGGCGCCGGCGUGGAGCCGCCUGGAGCUGACGGUCCUGGAGGCCGAGGCCUACCGCGUGGGUCUCAGCUACACCAGCGGAGGACUCAGCUAUACCAGCGACCAGUUCUAUCCGGAUCAUACCGUGUAUGACGUCAGGGAUGGGAGCAGUAAGCAGGAGACGGACCCCCCGCUCCGCUACACGCUGCCGGCGCCGGCGUCGGGGCAGCUGGCGCUGCGCUGCGUGGCGUCCAUCUACGACGUGUGGGCGCGCGGCGCGGAGCCCGCGGCGCUGCGCGAGGACAAGCCGCGCCCCGCGUCCGUCACCGGGGACGACUCCGCCGGGACACGAGUGGCGCCCCAGGCCGCCGCGCUGCUCGCCGCCGCGCUGCUGCUGCUGUUAUGAUCGCCGCGGGGUCACUGAACUGUGCGGGGUCACUGAACUGUGCCACGGACUGCCCGCAAUGGUGGACGACCUACGGAUUAUUUAGUACGGUCAAGAGUUUCGUUCCAUUUAUAAAAGAAAACCUUGAAUUCAAUAAGAUAGAAUGUGUGUUAAUUAAGUAAGACUUCAUGUGGAGUUUUGUUUAGGAAAACGUCGCACUUUGUCUACUACAAACGCUAAAGUAAAUAUCUUUAUACGGGAAACUUGCUCGUCAUAAGAUACCUUUGAUACAUUUGCUAACUAACAAACAAAACCUUACACUCGUUGCUAAUGAAUGUGGCGCUCACUCGGGCCCCGGGGGAUCGCUCUAGCUUCCGAAACCUGCGCUAACCAUGACUGUAUCUAGUUGUUUUAAACGUACGGAUUA